ACGGUGUUUGGCUAUCGUCCACAAAUGAAGACCCACCCGCUGUAUUAAAUUCUUAAUUCCUCCCACGACAAAAGGGCAUAACAAGCACCAACCAAAGUGAGAGACACCAUCCGAGAGCAGAGAGAAUCAAAGAGAUGAAGAACCCACAACUGCGUCUUCCCUUCUUCUUCCUCCUCCUCUUCUUCCCCCUUUCCACCAGCAGCAACCCAACCACCAUCCUCUUCACCACCCUCGGCCGCAGCCGCUACGGCUUCGAUAUCUUCUCCGUCCCCUUCACCUUCUCCUCCUCCUCCUCUUGCCUCCACUCGAUCUCAAUAGAACACCACAACGAGCUUCAGCUCACCGAUGGCGUCUCCGUCAACUACAACGGCUUCUUCCCCUCCAACUCCUCCUCCCUCCUCUACAUCAGCGAGCGCAACGGCUACUGCAACGUCUACCUCGACCACCUCUCCCUCCCCCAAUCCUCUCCUCUGCGGCGCGAGGCCCUCCAGCUCCCAUCUCGCCUCCAAUCCCCCUUGCUCCCCACGCCCUCCUCCUCCUCCGCCUUCCGCUCUCCUCCUCCCAUCUCCAUGAAAGACCGCCCUUCCCUCAUCUCCGGCGAUCGCCUCAUCUACGUCUCCACCCACGAGCCCUCCGGCUCCCCGCGCCAGAGCUGGGUUGCCGUCUACUCCACCCACCUCCCCACUGGCCGCACCCGCCGCCUCACCCCCUCCGGCGUCGCCGACUUCAGCCCCGCCGUAUCCCCCUCCGGCCGCUGGACCGCCGUCGCCUCCUCCGGCGCCCGCGGCUGGUCGGGCGAGGUCGAGGAGCUCUCCACCGACAUCUACGUCUUCCACACCCGGGACGGAUCGGCGAGGACUAAGCUCAUCGAGCACGCCGGCUGGCCUUGCUGGGCCGAGGACUCCACCCUCUACUUCCACCGCCGGGGCUCCGACGGCUGGUAUAGUGUCUACCGAGCCACUAUUACUGUUGGAAGCACUCUAUCGGUGGCCUCCGUGGAUCGAAUCACCCCUCCUGGCUUCCAUGCCUUCACUCCGGCUGCGUCGGUUGGUGCGCCGGGGAUUGUAGCGGUGGCGACGAGGAGAUCGGCGUCCAAAUUCCGGCAUAUUGAGCUCAUUGAUCUCAGAGGUGGAAGCAAUGUUUAUGUGGAGGUGACUCGGCCUAUUGCUCCUUAUUCUCACCAUUUGAAUCCGUUCAUCUCUCCCGAUGCCUCCCGGAUCGGCUACCACCGGUGCAGGGGAGGCGGCAAUGGCAACCCUGCAUUGCUGCUGGAGAAUAUCAAGAGCCCAUCGCCGGAAAUAUUCUCUCUCUUUAGAAUUGAUGGCUCGUUCCCUUCCUUCUCCCAUGAUGGUGCUCGGAUUGCUUAUGUUGGGUUGCCUGGGGUUUAUGUUGUGAAUUCUGAUGGCUCCGGUGGGCCGAGGGAGAUUUUCUCGGGGAAUGCCUUCCCAACAGCUUGGGAUUGGAAGAGGAAAGGGGUCAUCUACACCAGCCAUGGUCCCGAGUUUGCUUCAGAGAGCACACGAGUCGAUAUCAUUUCCAUUACUCUACCUGAAGAAGAUGAUGAUGAUGAGAAUUCUCAGCCUAUAGUCAAGAAGCUGACGACAGGAGGGGAGAACAAUGCAUUCCCUUCCCCUUCGCCGGAUGGCAAAUGGGUGGUAUUCCGGUCGGGGCGGUCGGGCCACAAGAACCUCUACAUUAUGGAUGCAGUGGAAGGGGAUAGUGCAGCGCUCCGCCGGCUGACCGAGGGGCCAUGGAGUGACACCAUGUGCAAUUGGUCGCCAGAUGGUGAGUGGAUCGCCUUUGCUUCGGAUAGGGAUAACCCAGGCAGCGGGAGCUUUGCCAUCUACAUGAUUCACCCGAAUGGGACUGGGUUGAGGAAGGUGGUGCACAGUGGGGAUGGGGGGAGAACCAACCACCCCUGGUUCAGUCCCGAUUCGAAGAGCUUGGCGUUCACGUCGGACUAUGCAGGGGUGUCGGCGGAGCCGAUCUCCAACCCCCACCAUUACCAGCCAUAUGGGGAAAUUUUCACGGUGAAGAUCGAUGGUUCUGAUAUCCGACGGCUUACACACAAUUCGUUUGAGGAUGGGACCCCGACAUGGGCCCCCUUCUUCUUGGAGCCAUCUGAUGUUGCUGAGUCUCUGCAAGGGAUGGAACGAUGCUUGUUUGAUGACUGUCACUGGCUCACGAUACAGGCCCAGCUCAAGCAACUCACGCCCGCUAAAGGUUGUUAAUUCUGACUUCUGCUUGCGAGAGCAUUUGGAAUGACAAUAGUAAAUAUGUAAUUUAUAUAUCUGCAGUGUGUAGUGUGUAUAUCUUGAGCUCUAGCUGCAUAUGUUUUAUAUAUGUGGACCCUGUUGCCACUGGUGUGCUAUAUAUCUGAGCUAAACAGCAUGAUCAGUAAAUAAGAUGAGCUAGAAGUUUUAAGAAGAUGUUUAAUAUUGAUAUCA